AAUUCUCUUUCCUUUUUCCUAAACUUAACAUUAUUAUUUCAAAUGCAAAGAGCUGGAUGGCCUUUUGGAGCCUUUCUUCUUCUCUUCCUCUCCUUGGCCUCCUGUCUCUCUUGCUUUCCCAUCAAACCUCCUUGAUCACCACCACCAAUGCCAUUGUACAAAAACCUAUUGAUCAACCAGAGGUGGCAAAUGGACCGGUUGGAUCAGACUUUUCUGUCUUCCGCGAGGCACCUGCUUUUCGCAAUGGGGAGACAUGUGGAUCUUUGGCCACGGACCGGAUUCACGUGGCCAUGACCCUUGAUGCUAAUUAUUUAAGAGGUACCAUGGCUGCUUUGUUAUCAAUUCUCCAACAUUCCACUUGCCCUGAAAAUGUAACAUUUCAUUUUCUAUGGGUAAGACAUGAACACGAGGUAUUCUCAAGCAUUAAGUCCACAUUUCCCUACCUCAACUUUAAGGUCUACAUCUUUGAUGUCCACAGGGUCCGUGGCCUAAUUUCCAAGUCUAUACGUCAAGCUUUAGACCAACCCUUGAAUUAUGCAAGAAUAUACUUGGCUAAUAUGAUUCCUGAUGAAGUGAAACGUGUAAUUUAUCUUGAUUCUGACCUUGUCAUGGUUGAUGACAUUGCCAAAUUAUGGAAGGUUGAUUUAGGUGACAAAGUUUUGGCUGCACCAGAAUAUUGUCAUGCAAAUUUUACCACUUAUUUUACAGAAACAUUUUGGUCUGAUCCAUAUAUGCCAAGAACAUUUGAGGGGCGAAAACCGUGCUAUUUUAACACAGGGGUGAUGGUAAUGGAUGUGGAUAAGUGGAGACAAGGAAAUUAUACAAAGAGAGUUGAGGAUUGGAUGAUUGUGCAGAAGCAAAAGAGGAUAUAUCAAUUGGGUUCUAUGCCUCCAUUCUUGCUUGUAUGGGCAGGAAAUAUAAUGCCAAUUGAUCAUAGAUGGAACCAACAUGGAUUAGGUGGUGAUAAUAUUGAAGGUAAAUGCAGGAGUUUGCAUCCUGGGCCUAUUAGCCUACUCCAUUGGAGUGGCAAAGGUAAGCCAUGGUUGAGAUUGGAUUCAAGAAAACCAUGUAGUGUUGAUCAUUUGUGGGCUCCUUACGAUCUUUAUCGUUCCUCCAGACAUUCAUUUGAGGAGUGAUGUGUCAAUUUAUAGCCAAAUGCGGAUUCAGGAUAUAAACUUGAUGGGUUUAUCAAUCUUUAAGGUUUUUAGUACAAAAUAAAUUGUAUUUCUGAAACUACGGAUUCAAAAUUUAAUAUUUGUUGAAAUUUUAAUGACAAGAUUCAGUUGAACUCAUUAAAUAUAGGCUGCAUCCGCUUUUGUCCGGGGCACAGGUUAAAUAUAUAAGGUUUGAGGGAAGUGUAUUUUACAUUAGGAAGAGAAGCAAACAUCAGAUAAGUAAAAAAAAAGGAAGGAAAAAAAAAAUGAAAUUUUAUCCCAAAAAAAAGAAAAGAAUAGAUACUUGUGUUUGUUUUCUAAUUUAGUAAGCAAAGAGGAGGAGGGAGGAUGGAAGAUUAUUUUAUUAGCUUCUAGCACAUGAUAAUUUAUGUAAUCAAGAAAGAUAGCUAGAAGCAAAGAAAUUCCCUGAUUCCUCUUAUAGUUU